UACCAACCAUACACAAACAAAAGCAACCAACGGUUGUGGCAUAGCAUAAGAUCAAUUCUCGUCUAGCUUAUUAAUAGGAAUUCUGCAAUAGUGAGAUUCUUCGUACAAAGCCUUCACCAUGCUCCUCUGUGAUGCGGGAACAGAGGGUCCUUUCAAAACGAGCACAUGCGCAGUUACGCGACAUUCGCCGGUAGCGCGAGAGCAUCGACAAGAAAUUCAACUGCGUGCACUCGAUUCAGACGCUGAGGCGGUGGCACCGCACUAGAGGAUUUUAUCGCACACUGUGCAAAUCACCAACGGAAAAAGAGUAUCCAGACAUUAAGAGGGUUCUGCAGCUUCAGGGAAGUUCAAAGUGCUCUAUUUCCAUACCGUACUUACGAGACCUUACCACAAUGCUAUUGUCUUCCAUUGUUUCAAUACGUGGAAUGUUCGCCUGACCAGAAAACACGUGGGUUGCCAAGUAGUGUGAAGAUAUCCGGCUACUAGGUUGCAUUGAAAUGGAAUAUGCUCAAAGUCAAUCCCCGAAGCAGGAGGUGGAUGUAGGCACGAUGAGCAAGACUCCCCCUAACAGAAGAGGGAUUACAUUUGAGGUGGGAGCAACGCUAGAGGCCAGAGAUACCCUAAAAAACUGGUAUCCGGCCAACAUAGAGAAGAUCGACUAUGACGAGGAGAAGGUUCUGAUCCACUACCGCCAGUGGAGCCACCGCUACGACGAGUGGUUCGACUGGACCAGCCCCUACCUGAGACCUAUAGAGAGGAUCCAGCUAAGGCGACAGGGACUGCUGGACGACUGUCCUAUCCCUGUAAGAGAAGGAUUUCAUGUGAAUGACAAAGUCCUCGCCAGUUGGUCGGAUUGCCGCUUCUACCCUGCCAAGGUGUUGGCAGUCAAUAAAGAUGCUUCGUACACCGUCAAGUUUUAUGAUGGGGUCGUCCAGACCGUGAAGGGGAUCCACGUGAAGCCUUUCGUCAGAGAGAGAGGAGGACGGAAACCUCGGUCUACUGAGAGGAACGAGGUCAGGAAGCCCCAGAAUGCCAGGGACAGGAGGCCUCACGAGAACGGCCCUAAGAGCAAAAGGGCCAGGCGCAGUACCUCGGACCAGGAGGGGGACAGCGAAACGGGGGAGGAUAACGACGACGAUGAUGACGAAUGGGGCGAGAGGGAGGGGGAGGAGAAGCCCAAGACUAAGGACAGCGAGGGCGACGUGGCCAAAGAGAGUCCAACCGCCAUUAUGCAGGAGGUGGAUACGGUGCCGAGCGCGGAGCAGAAUGCCAGCGGUCACACGGCGGGCACAGUGGACCUGAAUGGAGUGAAGGUGGAAGAGGACGAAGGACACCGUGAGGAGGGGGCCAUUCACUUCAAUGGAGAGGUGAAGAAGGAAGAGGUCGAAACGAAAACUGAGGACAAAGUCCUGAGCUCGCCCAAUGAAAGCAAGCCUUCCGCCGAGUCAACCAAUCAGGUGUCGAUAAAGGUAGAUCCAGUGCCUGUCACAUCACCCUCGGCCUCGUCCACGAAUGAGACGGCGGGGCAGGAUGCAGCCAGCCAACCGGAGAGCUCCGCGCCUGCGCCACCGACGCUCCCGGUGAAACCUGUAAGGAAGCAGGGUUUCCACAACCCCAACAGAUUCAGUCGGGAGCCACUGUACAGAGUGAUCAAAAACCAGCCCCCCCCUGUCCUGUCCAUCAACUUGGACCACAACCCGUUUAAAUGCAGCGCUGCCGGCUGCCCCAAGUCGUUCCGCAAGGCCAAGCUGCUACACUACCACAUGAAGUACUACCACGGAGAGGAUCAGCAGCUGGAGGAGGACCUCAGUCCCACCAGGAGCGUCCAGACCCGGGCCUCGGAGAAGCACCCCUCCCCUACCACCCUGGAGAGCCCUAAGAGGCGGCGCACAAUCUCCGCCUCAAUGCACUCCACUGUGCAUAGUCCGACAAGAAGUCCCCCGUCGCCACGUAGCGAGGCCAAGACGAUGGGCAGACGCACGUCAGCGCCACCUGCUGGCAAUCCCCAGAGCCAGCACCAGAGGGCACUACUGAGGGAGAAGAGCAAAGAGAACCAUCUGGACAGGAAUGGACAGAGGGCCGUGGGGAGAGAGAGUACUGAAAGAAGUGGCAUGGACAUAGGACUGGUAAAAGACCAAGACCGGCUGAAGGAGAAGAAGCAGAGGGACUUCCUUCGCAUUAAACUCAAGAAGAAGAAGAAGAAGAAGAAGGCCAAGUCUGAGGACACGGGUAGUGAGGAGAAUAUUGACAUCUCCGUAUUCGCUCUUCAGUCCAAAUUGAAUUUGCCAUUCAAAUUCCCCCUGUCACACAAUCACAAACCUGAGUCGUACCACUGCAGGCCUGGAGUCAGCCACUCAGAUCAGAUACACGUGGAUGAUGAGGAUAGCAUCAGUGAUUGGUCCACUGACAGCUGUGGGUGGAGCGAUGACGAGCUUGAGGCUGAGCUGGGCGUUAACAUUCCACCCCUGAAUCUGGGCUCUGUUGCCUUGGAGACGGGCAGUCAGGAGAUUGUGCGUUGCGUCUGUGAGGUGGAAGAGGAGAACGACUUCAUGAUACAGUGUGAAGAGUGUAUGUGUUGGCAGCAUGGGACUUGCAUGGGCCUCCUGGAGGAGAACAUCCCCGACAAAUACGCCUGCUACAUCUGCAGGGACCCACCAGGUCAGAGGCAGAGCCUACGCUACUGGUACGACCGUGAUUGGCUGAGCAGUGGUCACAUGUAUGGUCUGUCCUUCCUGGAUGAGAACUACUCCCACCAGAACGCCAAGAAGAUCGCAGCAACACACCAGUUGCUAGGUGAUGUGCAGCGGGUGGUGGAGGUGCUUAACGGGCUCCAGCUGAAGAUGAGCGUCCUACAGACCCAGACACACCCAGAUCUCCGCUUGUGGUGCCAACCCUGGAAGAGGGUCGAGAGGCCCUGGAGGAAGGGCGGAUCAGGGACUGGCACUGACACGGCACCGUCUCCCGCGCCCACGGACGACGGCUCGGAGAGGGACCACAAGAGCCUGAUGUCGGUCGCCAUGGAGAAGCUCAGCCGAGCUUCGUCUUCGUCCUCCUCUUCGUUCUCCCCCUACCAGUCGUUCCAGGACUCGUACAUCAUGAGCGAGCACUGCUACCAGAAGCCGCGGGCGUACUACCCGGCAGUGGAGCAGAGGCUGGUGGUGGAGACCACACGGAGGGGCUCUGAGCUGGAGGACAGUCUGAGGAGUACCGAGGAUCUCCUGGAGAGGGAGCAGCGUUACGGAGGCAUGCUGGAGACAGGCCGCCCCAAAACCCACACACACCUCAACCCACGCACCAAGGGUUCAGACGCUGGUCGUUGGGGCCAGGCGGAGGUGAGGGUGGAGGAGGGCGUGGGGGGAGAUGUAGACGGCACCGGCCAGCAGCACCAGUGGCAGAUCAACCUCCUGGACCACAUCGAUGCUGUGCAGGACGAGGUCACUCACAGGAUGGACUUCAUCGAGAGGGAGCUGGACGUGCUGGAGAGUUGGCUGGACUACACGGGGGAGCUGGAGCCCCCAGAGCCCCUGGCCCGUCUGCCUCAGCUCAAAAACCGAAUGAAGCUGCUGCUCAGCGAGCUGGCCACAGUCCAGGAGAUCGCCCUGUGCUGCUCCACAUGAGGGCGCCACCGAGCAGUUGGACGACCGCAUCUGUAGGCCGACGGGAGCACUCUGAGAGGCGGCGCAGUCGAAUGCAGCACUAACCGCUCUUUCUACGGCAUGGGAGUGGGGUAGGACUGAGGAGUUAUCAGUCAUCGUCAACAUGGAACCAGACUCAAGGCCAAGACCAGAUCUGAUUCUCCAGGUGCAAGCUUGGGCCAGCUGAGGAGAAAUGACAGGAUAGUUGUAUUCAGAUGCACGUUCAGUGUUCUGUAGACUGGAGCGCCAGUCAGCUCGGUUAAAAGACCAGAGAAUGAAAGUGUGCUGUGCAGUGUCAUGGUCAGUGCUGUAGGUAGUGGAGUCCAUACAAGACGACAAACAGGAGGUGACGGUCAUAUGGGUUCGAUGGUGCAAAGCGGCAUCAUAUUAAUGCUUGGGGUGUCAUUUGGAGCUUGCUGUCAUGUACUCAACAAAUUGCUGAACUGUACUGUGUAUUGAAGACCUCACCUGAACUUUCUGUAACUGACAGAACACUUUCCAUUAAGCCAUAUUUUGCAACCUAUUUUCCUUUAUCAAUAUUGUAAAGUACUUAGUAUUUGAUCGUCUCCCAUUGCAUAAUGUUUUCUGAUCAUGUGGACUGUUUUACAGAGCACAACCUUAAUAAGGUUUUCAAUAGGGAAAUAAAACUAUAUUAUUAUAUAAUGGCACUGUAUAGAUGUGUACUUUCUGAUGUCAUACAGGGAAUUAUGUAAAAUGCUAGUCAAAGAUUGGUCUCAUUACACACUGUGAUUUUAUUUUCCUCGUGGAUCAGAGGCAAUACUGUUAGUGUCUGUAUUACUAUACGAACAGUAUCACACAGUCUGAUGGCCAGAUUCAGUUCACAAUAUGUUCACGUUUAAACAGGGUUUCUUUACAAAGCUAAAUUCACAGUUUGGUUUUCGCUGCUGAACGUUUCCACUCAUUCCUCAGUGUCAACAUGUCAGCCAUGUGCCAGAUCGUAUAUGACACCUGUGAAGGUAGUUAACGUUUAACUGUUCAGGUCAUAUGAUGGAGUAGUUUGGUGCCCAAAGGACCAGGUGGUUACUUGACACACAACCAUUGGUUGAUACAACGCCUGCCCUGUGCAUCCAGUCAGACAGCAACUCAACCGUGAACUUUGACUCACUGUAACCUUUUGCUUACCCCAAAUAUUUGUGGAGAAGUCGGCUUCUCAUAAUUUUCUGCUCGGUUCUCAGUCUUGUUAGGUUUAUUUUCUCAUUGUUUCACCUGUACUGUUUACUUGCAAUAUUUUGUAUUAUUUUGUGUAAAUACAUCUGAAUGUUAUUUUCUGGCAAUGGUAUUGUUAACAAUGUCUUCUUUAAACAUAGUCCUCCAAAAAGAACCAUACUAGAGUCAGUCAGGUUAACGGUUGAGAUUUUUUGUUUUAUACUUACAGAUAUGCUGGUCCAUAAAUAAACUACAAUCUCUCUCUG